AUGUCUGGACUACACUACCGUCGUCGAGUAUCAACGUCUUCGACAUUAGCUUACGCCUGGAAUUAUGGACUGUGCCUGGCCAGAUCGAGUUGCCAAGCCCAAACCAGGUGUACUACGCAGUACACUACACACCGUCUACACCAUGGGCUGUCUUCCCAGCCGUCCUCAACCUUCACUACACGUGCUGCGGGACCAGGCGAGAGGAUUCCUAUCUCGGAUCUCGUCAGCUCCGCACUCGACAGGCAGCAUCUCCAUGACCAGAACAAGCCGCUCUUCGUGGAUGCCCAUGACCCUAUCCUCUCGUUAUCUGCCAGUCAAACGACAGCAUUGGUGUUCAGACUGGUCGCAGGGUUGCGUGCGGCCGGAUUCAAAAAGGGCCAUGUUGUGUUAUCGCAUCCCCGAAACCAUCCGAGUAUAAUUUUCGGACCUACUCUUUUCCAAGAUCCAAACCAUGUUGCUUGUCUUUCAGCCCCCAGAUUCAUGAUCACAACCCAGACCAAGACGGCUAUCGUGCACGAGUUCUACGGGCAGCCCCAAAUCGGUCUACGCCCUCGUAGCUCAACACAUGGCGAUUCGUCCGGGGAAUCAGCCCUACAGCGAGUCCGUGGUCCGGCUAACAUGUCUCCCGCUCUACACUACAACAUGUUUCGCAUCCCGUCCCGUGUACAUCAUGUCCAAAUCUAUUGCAAGCCCUUUAUCCACUACCUCGACAUCUAUCGGGUAUUUGAAACAUAUCUUACGCCAUCGAUCAUCAAGAUCCUCACUAACCUUGAUGAACUUGGCUUCGAGAAAGCUUGGACACUCCCCGCUACUUUGGCGAAGCUGAAGGCCGUCCUCCACCCGGAAGCUACCGCAUCUCAGAUCCGGGGGAUGACGGAGUUCGGGGUUUCUGCGCUUUUUCGCUGGGGCGAGCAAGAUGAGACAGGAUCCGUCGGCCCGGCUACUCGAAGGGUACCGGAUUCGCCUGGUUGA